AUGUUUACGAACACUUCGAGGGCUCCGCUCUCCGAGUUGCCCCUCCAUCAAUUUGUGUCCCAAUCCUUGGCCUGCUCUCCAAGUGCUUCCACAGACAAGCUUCUCAAGACGCCCUCGCGCUCUAGGUCACGCUCACCCUCGCUUCCUGCGAGUCGCCGCAACUCGGUCUCGGUGUCCCCACACAAGCAAGCCGUGUUGCAAAACCACCGACUCGUUCGUGAAGGCUCGGUCGCGUCACCUUCCUCCGCCUCCACGCAGCCCUCGAUCACCGCCAUCGAGAAUGGCAGCGCACAGGAAGACGUCCCGCUUUUGCCGAGGCGUCUGUUUGGCGACCGCUCUUCCCACCUCGUAGGCUCGGACGACUCGCUCGAAGCCAGUCCUGUUUUGCCAGGCUCGGCUCAAGGGGCAUCCCGCUUCUCUCCGCACAAUGUCAAGAACCUGGCUCAUCACUCUGGCGGCAGACCUUCGACCCCCAAAGGUGCUUCCACGACGCCACUCAACAUGAGGCAGCAUCGUCCGCCGCACACCUCGGGUCCCAAGCCGACUGAACACGUUGAGCCGAGUCCAACAACUCAGAGGAUGUCCGAGCCGCGUCUUGCCACAUCUCAGCGAUACGAGCAAGCAGAUGCGCUUUCAACGCCUUCGCGUACCCGCAAUGGGGCGCAGCCGCCGAUGCCGGCAUGGCUUCCACCUUCCGCCGCUGGCAAUAGUUCCAAAGAAGCUGGUACCGGAAGCGUAACGCCUCUGGAGCAACCCACUCAACCGAUACCCACGUCCACGCUCCAGAGCCUGCCCAAGAAGAAGCAUCGCGUCUCGCACACCGAGAUUGCCAUUGCGCACGAGGAAGCUGGCGCCGGACCGCUUGUUAGCCCCAGUCCUCGCAAGAUGGUGGACUACUUCGCCUCGGCCGACGAGAAGGCUGCUGCUCCCCCUUCGGCUCAAACGCGGCUACACUCUGACUCUAUGUCUGACCGACAGCAGUCUAUUGCAGCACUAAGAAGUCUGACGGAUCUGACUUCCAAGCAACCCAUCGACAGCUUGACCCUCGCCAAGUCGGGUUUGUUUCUCGGCGUCGUCGCCAGACCUCUGGUAGACUGGACCGUCUAUGAAGACCCGCCUUUGAGCUCUGAUACUGCGCCAUCGCAAGACCAUGCCCACGUGGGUUCGGAUGCUAACAAUCUCGACGGCACUCCCCUCUUGAGCCCUGCAGGAAGCUCUGCUGAGUUUGCGGCUCCCUCGACGCCCAACAAGGAAAACCGAGUCCCGGACCCAUCCUUCCUCGUAUCCAAGGCCGUACCCAUCGCGCUUCCGGAUAGGGCUCAUAGUGCAGAUGCGGUGCCGACCAAGACCCGCUCGUCUUCGCGUUUGGCCUCGGUCGCUUCGAGCCCUGUCGCAGUCGCUUCACGUAAACGCGGCACCGGCGGUCGACUCAGCUUGCUGGCAGAUGCAGAAGACGACGAGGCCCACCGUGACGCCUCCGUUCAGCUCGAGGGUGACGAGACGCUGGCCGUUGCAGUUGCCACUUCGCCAAGCUCGGGCAAAAAGUUGAAAUCCAAGGGCAAUCCUUCGCCGGCACACUCCGCGCGCAAAGUUUCUGCGCACCAGCGGAAAGCGUCUGCUGGACGCAGUCUCGAGUCGGGUCGGACCAGCCGAAAGGCGUCGAGCACGCUUUCCAUGGAAAGCCCGCAACGAGCUUUGGACGCAGCGGCCGUGGACACGGUUGCCUCCCGUACUCGGUCUCGCACCCGCGUGUGA